AUGCUGACGACGCUCACCGUGAGCCACGACGACUCGGACUCCACAAGCUCUUCAGGGGCCACCCUGUCCCCACCCCCCGUGUUCGACCUCUCUCACCUCCGGUUGCCCUUCAUAAGCUCCAUCAGUAUGAGCCACGCUUCGAUGGCACUGACGCCAGCCCUCGCUUCGCAAUUGUGCUUUCUAGAAAUGAAAAGCGGUAUUGUGGGGGCUUCUCACCAGCUUCCUCUGGAACCCUUUCUCGCAGCCCUGGGGAGCUUCUCGCAACUGCAGAAGCUUUCCCUCAUCCGUUGCUUCGCCGCGCCGCGGCCCGGUGGCCCGCCCCCAGAUGUCGUCCCCGCCGCGCGUUCUCCUCUUUCCGCCUCGCGGUUGACGGACGUAGUGAUAGAGGACUACCCCUCCAGCAUUGGCCGGAUCAUGUCCGAGCUCGACGUCCCCUCAUCCGCCAACGUCGUUCUCCGUGGCAAUGCACGCGGGGCGACUGUCGAGCUGUGCCGGUUGUCAUUCCUGGCGAUGCUUCCGCAUAACUUGCACCGUAUGCAGAUAUUGCGCGCCUGCGAGAGUAUCGAGGUCACAGUCACACACCGCAUGUGCCGAGUCUACGGCUCAAUGGCAAAAGGAGGCGACCACACCCCGCCGGGCGUGACGCUAGAGCUGGAGCUGGACACCGGCCUUUGCCACACCCAAGGCCAUGCUGCGUAUCCUGCUGCGCAGACUGCUCGGAAACAGCUACUUUCCUCCCUCCUCCGCAGCCUCGAGGAGAUCUUCCUGAUGACCGAGACCAUCACAUACCUCAAAAUCCACGGCCCCGUCGGCGCCAUAAUAGCGGACGACUGGAUCACCUCCCUCUUUCCUCUACACAACCUCCGCCACCUCGUCGUCGUCGACGAGUACCUCGUGGAGUUCCCUGACAGGCUGCUCGAUUGCCUCCGCGCCCGGCCCGUGCUGCCCCCCGACGCUCCGCCCCUCUGUCCCGCUCUUGACUCCCUCGAGCUUUACGGCGACAUCAAGUUCGAGGAAGAAGGAACGACCCAGCUCGAACUUCUCGUCUCAGCCUUGCAAUGGCGCAUGCAAAACGAGGGAAUUACGACGCUGCGCAUCUUGAAGGUCGGGCUGUUCAGCACGGUGGCAUUGCCUGUGCAGGCCCUCGAGCACUAUCGCCGCGAAUUUUAUCGCCUCACGUUGAAAUCGGGCUGCAGCCUGGAGGUCAAGGUGUCGCCUUUGCAUUCACGAACGCAUGCCUGA